UCUAGAAGAAACAUUAAUUGAAUAAUUGAUACGCAAAAAAUUUAUAAUCAGCAAUAAUGUGAUUUUGAUUGACUUAAAUAUCGAUGGACUUCUAAUAUCAAAAAGCAGUAAAAGUCAAAUUUGGCCAAUAUUAGGUAAAAUUUAUGGUGACAAAAGAUUUUCACCAUUUGUAAUUAAUGCUUAUCAUGGAUACAAGAAACCAUCUUCUCCAGAUAAAUUGUUAACACCUUUCUGUGAAGAAUAUAAGAUUCUCCGAGAUAAAGGAUUUAUUUUCGGCAAGAAAAGAUACACUGUAUUAAUUAGAAGUGUAAUUUGCGAUAGUCCUGCAAGAGCAUUCGUAACUUGUACAAAAGGUCAUAAUGGAUUCUUUGGAUGUAGAAAGUGUAUGCAAGAAGGCACUUAUUCUAAUCAUCACAUGUUAUUUUUGAAAUCCAGUGCACCUCUUCGAACUGAUGACAAUUUCAAAAAUAGAGUACAAGAACAUCACAGAAAGGAGAUACUGGUGUAUCUCCUUUCGAAUCAAUACAACUGCCAAUGGUUUCACAGUUUCCUUUACAUGCACUUGGUGUGUUUAGGAGUUAUGAAGAAACUCUUGCAAUUAUGGACUGGUGGAUAUCAAACAUCAAGAUUAAGUGGGCGAAAAAUAGUAGAGUUGUCAGAAAAGUUAAUUACAAUGUCGAAAUGGGUACCGAAGGAGUUUGCUCGAAAACCACGUUCUCUGGACGAAUUAAAAUAUUGGAAAGCGACAGAGUUGCGGGAAUUUUUACUGUACUUUCUUGAACCUGUUAUCUUGAUAAAUAUUAUGCCUGAAGAUAACUUAUUUCAUUUCAAUGCAAUAAAUUGUGCAAUACGGAUAUUGUGUCAUCCAACAGAUUGUUUUCAUAACAAUAAAUACACCAAAGAUCUACUGAAUGAAUUUGUACAUAUAUUUAAAUAUUUAUACGAUGAAGAAACUAUCGUUUAUAAUGUGCAUAAUUUAAUUCAUAUUAAUGAAGAUGUACUGAUGUUUGGACCAUUGGAU